GCACUUGAACAGGAAAACAAAAAGCCUCUCAGUUGUAGGGAGGAGUGGAUUCGGCACAUCAAACUCCUCUUGCUAAUGUUGUUCUGUUUGCGAAGUUUUCUCUCUCGACACUAAACCUGAUCUCAUUGGAAUAUAUUAUCAUUUUGGACACCAUGUUGGAACCAAACCAGGAUACGCUGGUAGCUCCACUCGGCUGAUCAUUCCCAAGUCCUUCCAGCAGCUCCAACAACAGCUGGCUAACCAGUGUUAGCAGCCGAAGCGUCGGAACAGCUGCCGGGAAGGAGGCCGCCUCGCCGGGUGGGCACCCAACUUUAUUUAUCAUUAAAAAAACGCUUUUAGUUCUUGAAAAAUCUACAUAAACCGAACCACCAAGGAGUUAUAGGAAUGGAGUCCUCUUCGGGAUUGUGCAACGAUGAAUGCUUGGCAACUGUCAGAUGUCAGGAGCUGAGGUCUGGCGUCAAGGAGCCCAGACUUCUGUCACUCCUUUUGCAAAAUGGAGAUUUUGUAUUGGGUGUCCUGGCCACCCCUGAUGCUGUUGUGUCACGUCCCGUGGCUCAACUGUCCAUUCCCAUUAACGGUAGAUUUGAACUUAUACAAGAAGCUGAAGAAACUCUUCUUAUAAAUUUCUCAGAAGAUUCAGUGUUAAGAAUACGAAUUAAAGGAGAAAAAGCACCAGAGCUGCAGUUGGAGCUUCAGGACGAUGACCGCACAAACUUGUUCCUCACUCAGUUGAAGAGCGCUCAGGAAGAAGCUGCGUUGAAGCUCAUCAAAUCCAAAUCAAUGGAGCCUCUUCCACCGAACGCUCACAGGAGUCCAGUUCCCAUUCCACCUCAAAGAGCAGUCAGGACAACAAAUGCUGGGAGAUCUGCGGCCAACCAACCUGCAUCCAGCAGCACCUUGCAGACCAGCUUCAACAACAGCACUUCAACAAAUCAAAACUCAGAUCCGGUUCUAUCGCUUGCCUCAGAUUUUGGGUUUGAGCAGAACUUUAGCCACGCUCUCAAAGUGGAAGAGAAGAAGAACCACCAGAACCGGAUAACUGCUACCAGAGAGCCUCCUCCUGUCCCCUCUCUGCCCCCUCGCAAAACCUCAUCUGCCCCAACAAACCCUGUUCCUCCCGCCCCCAUCAUGAAAAGCAAAGCUACCUCCUCACUGGGUUUCGACAGCUCAGCAAUAUCAGGCGCCAAACCAGAAAGUCUGGCGUGGUGUGACAGCCCCACCAGCAACAGCAUGAGAGACACAGUGUUCCUGAGCCACACGGGCCAAAGAGAAAACCUCCUCAAGCACAUCAUGUCAAAGAGAGAGAACGAAUACGUGGACAUCAAGAAUUUCAAGUUUUUUGUCGGAACAUGGAACGUUAAUGGACGCUCUCCAGACAGCAGUCUUGGACCGUGGCUUUCCUCUGACCGGGAUCCUCCAGAUAUUUAUGCUAUAGGUUUUCAAGAACUGGACCUGAGCAAGGAGGCUUUCCUUUACAUGGAUUCAUCCAAAGAGCAACUUUGGAUUGAUGCUGUGGAGCGAAACUUGCACCCAAAAGCCAAAUACAAGACUAUUCAAAUCAUCCGGUUGGUUGGGAUGAUGCUUGUGGUUGCUGUGAAGAAGAUUCACGUGCGUAACAUAAAGGAAGUAGCUUCGGAUCACGUGGGAACAGGGAUUCUGGGGAAAAUGGGGAACAAGGGAGGCGUUGCAGUGCGCUUUGUUUUCCACAACACCAGCUUCUGCUUCGUCAAUUCCCACCUGGCAGCAAAACUCGAGGAAACUGAGCGUCGCAAUCAGGACUACAAAGACAUUUGUGCUCGCAUGAUGUUCAACUUGCCGGGGUCCCCGUCUCUCAGUAUUGUCAAACACGAUGUAGUAAUCUGGCUCGGGGACCUAAACUACCGCCUGUUCAACAAAGACUGCAGUGACGUCAAGCGGAUGAUCUCUGAGGGUAAACUGAAACAGCUCUUCAAGACUGACCAGUUAAACGUUCAGAGGCAAACAAAACGGGCCUUCUCCGACUUCAUAGAAGGAGACAUCAACUUCAUCCCCACGUACAAGUAUGAGCCCAAAACAGACUUAUGGGAUGCAAGCUCAAAAAACCGAGUCCCUGCUUGGUGUGACCGAAUCCUGUGGAGGGGCAACAAAGUGGAGCAGAUUGAAUACCGAAGUCAUAUGGAACUCAAAACCAGUGAUCAUAAACCUGUCAGUUCUAUCUUCAACAUUGGGGUAAAAGUCGGUGAUGAGCUGCGUUUGAAAAAGGUGUUUGAGGAAACGGUUCGACAGAUAGAUCGAAUGGAAAAUGACUUCCUUCCAUCUGUGUCUCUAAGCAAAACCGAGUUUUUCUUCAUUGAUGUAAAGUUCAGACAGCUUCAGAGGGAACGUUUUCUGAUCACCAAUGACGGUCAGGUUCCCUGCCAUUUUGCCUUCAUCCCCAAAUGCAAUCAGUCUCAGUACUGCAAGCCCUGGCUGCGUGCUGAGCCCAGCGAUGGAUUCUUAGAGCCAAAGGAGACUCUGGAGAUCUAUCUCGAGGUGUAUGUCAGUAAAGACUCUGUCACAAUGCUGAACUCUGGAGAAGACAUAAUAGAAGACAUUCUGAUCCUCCAUCUGGACCGUGGCAAAGACUUCUUCCUCACCAUCGCAGGAAACUACCUCCCCAGCUGCUUCGGGACCUCUCUGGAGACGCUGACUCGCAUGAAGAAGCCGAUCAGAGAGAUCCCCAUCACCAAACUCAUUGACCUGGGAGAGGACAGCUUCAUGGAACAGGAGAAAUCCAAGGUGAAAUUUUUGAUUGGUGAUGGGGCAACCAAUGAAGACAGGCCCCUGAAGAUCCCCAAGGAGGUGUGGAUUAUGGUUAACCACCUCUACACCAAGUCCUGUGAUCAGGAGGACUUGUUCCAGACCCCGGGCUUACAAGAGGAACUCCAGCACAUCAUUGAGUGUCUUGACACCAGCAUCCCAGACUCCAUCCCUGGUUGUAACCACUCUGUUGCUGAGGCUCUGUUGAUCUUCCUCGAGGCCUUGCCUGAACCUGUGGUGUGUUACGAGCUCUACCAGCGGUGCUUAGAAUGCGCUCACGACAGCCGCCUCUGCAAGCAGCUGAUCUCACUGUUGCCGCGGGCUCACCGCAACGUCUUUCGCUACUUACUGGCCUUUCUGAAAGAGCUUCUCAAGCAUUCACACAACAAUAACCUAACAGCCUCUCUAGUAGCAACCCUGUUUGCCAGCCUCCUGAUCCGACCACCUCCCAGUUCUGCGAGCAGGCAAACGCAACAAGACCGGCAGAAAGCCAUCGACUUUGUUCUGGGUUUCCUGAUGGCUGGGGAUGAGGAGUAACUGGGAUCCCCGUUUCCUCGCGCCGUCUGAUGUGUUUGCAGGUUAUUCUCAACUCGGCAUGCGUGCUGCAAACCACCUGGAUGCAUUUCACACGUUGUAACCGAUCCACUCUGUGUUUUUUUUUUCCAUCUGUUGGAGGCCAACGUGACUCUCCUGCAGCCUACUGUUGGGUCUCAAAGACUUCAUAGGAACUUGAACAUAAUUUUUUUUUUUUGGAUCAGGUGUUGUAUAUUCGGUUCACCCAGGUGCUGAGUAGAAAUCUGUUGGGAAAGAUUUGAGUUGAUUCCUAUGCACUUUCUGACGACCUAAAGGAUGUGUGCUCCUGACACUUUAUGGUAUUCAUGCCAAAACAGACUUCAAGCAGGCUGAGGUGUAAAUAUGAAAACACUAUCUGAAGAAAAGCUCACACUAAAGGCAGGGAAUUUCCUUCCUGUAGCUCCAGGAGAGUGGACUAAGCUCUGUAUGUGGAAGGAAGCAUUCAGAAAUGGGACUAAUUCCAUAACAAAUGUUUAAUCAUGACAAUCAUGCUUUGUUGCAUUGUGGGAGCGACCUUAACAUACCUUUAAAAUUUAGUUUUAUAUGUUUUGAAUGCUAUUUAUGUAUAUUUUUUGUGAGUUUACACCAUGUUGACCUUUUAUUUUUAAUUUUUUUGUACUUUUAUUUGCAAGAAAGUGUUUGUCACUUGCUUUUAAACAAGUCUUUUGCCGGCAAAACGAGUUUGUCGACACUCCAACUUCCUGGUCAACCGGAAUUGAGCAGAGACGGUGUUUUUGGUUUUUAAAAUUGCGUAAAAAGUGAAUGUUUGAGUGUUUUACAGUGUGGUGAUGGUUGUCUACAUUUGUCACAACAGUGGAACAUUUUACAUCUGUCGUUUACGUCUGACAUCCAUGCAAAGCUCGCUCUGUUUGUGAGCCAAUCAGGAAUGUUCUGCAGCAUUUUCUCUGAGCAGGGUGGAAUGAGUCAUCAUCGCUCUGCUGGAUUCAAACCCUCGGAGGUUUCCUGCUGUUGCAAGACAACCUAUUUCUCCUGCUUUAUUUUCCUCUGCAGGAGUUUCCACGUCAUCAUUUUAUCUUCUACUGUAGGUCCACUUACACUAACUUUUUAUGUCGAAGCUCUCAAUGUAAAGAGUCUGUGUUGACUUGCAGGUUUGGGAGAAACCUUAUCAUGUGAAAUAGAAAACCGUACAGAAGAAAUCCCGAUUUUAAAUGUUGUCAACUGACUAGUGAUGUCAUUGUAUGCUUUUUUUUUCUGUUUCGUCACAAUGUUAAGGAUACAAAACUCAAAGGUUUUCAACUUUAUAGACAUUUGGUACUAUUAAUUUAUUUUAAAGAAAUAAAACUGUACAAAGCUGA